AUGGCUGGCAACAAAGAUUGGCCAGAAAAGAAGGUAACGAAUGACUUUUGCUUCCAAAGAUAAAAAAGAACAAUGAAUUUCUUGAUUUACCUUUUUGUGUUUGUUCCCCUUUUCAAUGGUUUGACAGCCAAUAGAGUAGAAAAUUCUCUGGUUCAAAGAUAGUGCAAGCAAAGUUCAAAAAAUGCGGAACAGUAUUUCUACAAGUUUUGCAUUGCAUCUCUCGAAGAGAAUGCCAAGAGUCAAAAAGCGAGAAAUACUGAUUUAACAUUGGUAGGAACGAAUAACGUGUUAUCAAACUUAACCAACGUGAAAAAAAUUGUGGAGAAAAUUAUAAACGAGAAGAAAUAUAAGAGUACAUUGAGUAAGAAGUUGUUGCAAAAUUGUCUUAAACUUUACUCUUAUGGUUAUAACGCAUUGACCUUAGCUCUAAAGAACAUCAAAAUGCAUGAUAUGGAUAGUCUUGUGUUUAGUUUGAAGAGAGCAAAAAAAGCGCCAAGCAUUUGCGAAAUGGGAUUCAAUGGCGACAAUCAACAAGUAUCUCCCGUGAAGAAAGAAAACGAUGUUCUCUUCGACGUGAUUAACAUUCCUUUUUUGUUUCGUUUUAAUAGACAUUGA